AGACCUCUCCGUGUCCCCCCAGACAGAGGCUGCGGGCUCUGUGCUCGGAUGCUGGGGGCCCACCAGUGCGAAGAGGCCACAUGAAGGCACCGUGAAGAGGGUAGCCCUCACUUCCACAGACCUCGUGGCUGGGAGGUGAGGCUAAGAUGAGCAUAACCAGCGACGAGGUGAACUUCCUGGUGUAUCGCUACCUCCAGGAGUCAGGCUUCUCCCACUCAGCGUUCACCUUCGGCAUCGAGAGCCACAUCAGCCAGUCGAACAUCAAUGGGACGCUGGUGCCGCCCGCCGCCCUCAUCUCCAUCCUGCAGAAGGGGCUGCAGUACGUGGAGGCCGAGAUCAGCAUCAAUGAGGAUGGCACGGUGUUCGACGGCCGCCCCAUAGAGUCCCUGUCGCUGAUCGACGCCGUGAUGCCCGAUGUGGUGCAGACGAGGCAGCAGGCCUUCCGGGAGAAGCUGGCGCAGCAGCAGGCCAGUGUGGCGGCAGCAGCGGCGGCGGCAGCAGCAGCAGCAGCAGCGGCGGCGGCCACUACAGCCACGACGGCCACAGUGACUCCAGCAGCGGUUUCCCAGCCCAACACCCCAAAGAACGGGGAAGCCACGGUGAACGGGGAGGAGAAUGGAGCCCAUGCCAUGAAUAACCACUCGAAGCCCAUGGAGAUCGACGGGGACGUGGAGAUCCCGCCCAGCAAGGCCACGGUGCUGCGGGGCCACGAGUCCGAGGUCUUCAUCUGCGCCUGGAACCCCGUCAGCGACCUCCUGGCCUCGGGGUCCGGGGACUCGACGGCGCGGAUCUGGAACCUGAACGAGAGCAGCAACGGGGCGUCCACCCAGCUGGUGCUGCGGCACUGCAUCCGCGAAGGCGGCCAUGACGUGCCCAGCAACAAGGAUGUGACCUCGCUGGACUGGAACAGCGAGGGGACACUGCUGGCCACGGGCUCCUACGAUGGCUUUGCGAGGAUCUGGACGGAGGACGGGAACCUGGCCAGCACCUUAGGCCAGCACAAAGGCCCCAUCUUUGCCUUGAAGUGGAACAAGAAGGGGAAUUACAUUUUGAGCGCGGGUGUGGACAAAACAACCAUAAUUUGGGAUGCCCACACGGGAGAAGCCAAACAGCAGUUCCCGUUUCACUCUGCCCCCGCCCUCGAUGUGGACUGGCAGAACAACACCGCCUUCGCCUCCUGUAGCACCGACAUGUGCAUUCACGUCUGUAGGCUCAGCUGCGACCGCCCCGUCAAAACCUUCCAGGGACACACGAAUGAGGUCAAUGCCAUCAAGUGGGACCCUUCCGGCAUGUUGCUGGCGUCCUGCUCUGACGACAUGACGUUAAAGAUCUGGAGCAUGAAGCAGGACACGUGUGUCCAUGACCUGCAAGCUCACAGCAAAGAGAUCUACACCAUCAAGUGGAGUCCCACCGGGCCUGCCACCAGCAACCCCAGCGCCAGCAUCAUGCUUGCCAGCGCUUCGUUCGACUCCACGGUGCGGCUGUGGGACGUGGAGCGCGGCGUGUGCAUCCACACGCUCACCAAGCACCAGGAGCCCGUGUACAGCGUCGCGUUCAGCCCCGACGGCAAGUACCUGGCCAGUGGCUCCUUCGACAAGUGCGUGCACAUCUGGAACACACAGAGUGGGAGCCUGGUCCACAGCUACCGAGGCACGGGUGGCAUCUUCGAGGUCUGCUGGAACGCCCGAGGGGACAAAGUGGGCGCCAGUGCGUCCGACGGCUCCGUGUGUGUGUUAGAUCUGCGGAAGUGACCGCGGUGGCCGGGAAAGAGGAGAGGUCAUGGACCAGCGGUGGGCACGGGGCCUCGGCACCCCUGGGGCUCGAUCCUGCAGCUGCCAGACUGCGCGGCGUGCCCCGUGGGCCUAGUCCGGGAGCCUGUAUUCGACGUCCUCGCCGAGCGUCUCUCUCACACACACACACACACACACACACACACACACCACACACACAGUUGUAUCCGAGGGGGGCAGCCCGGCGCCCCCAGCCCGAUGAUGCGUGCAGAUGGCUGCCAUGGCUGCCAUGGGGGGGUGCCAGAAAAGGGGAGAGAGAAAGCUGCUGUGAUCACUCAAAAGGGGUAGGAGACUCUCCCCCCCAAACCCCCCUUCCCCUGCGGUCCACGUGGCUCCCUAACAGUUGGACACAGCGGGCUUGCAGAGGGAUUCCAAAGCCAGCCUGUGCGGCGGGAAUGCGCCUGGGGGACCCCAACUCGUCCGUGUCCCCCACCCUGCGCUGUCCGGCGGCGUUGCUGGGCCUUCUUCCCUCCCCUGUCCUUGACCGUCCCCCACCUUUGUCCUCCCUGCCGGGUCUGGGCUUGCUGUAGACGCGGCCUUGGGGACACUUGGCAAAGUCUGUGCCUGCAGCUUUCUGCUCCUCCCCUCCUCUGUGCCCCCCCUCCCCUCCCCGCACCCCCUGGUCAGAGCUGUGUGCUAUGCACCACAGGCCUCCAGGGCACAUUCCUCGCAAAACAAGUGCUUUAUGUGGGAAGGCAGGGCAGGGGGCUUUUUACAGGAGAGGGAAAAAGACUUAUGAGAGAGAGCCCCGAGUAUUUUUGGAAAAAAGAAGAUAUUUUUAUGUGAAAACGAUUUUAAAAUCCUUACAAUGGCCGUCAGACAGA